CUAGAAGAUGCAUAUGGUCUCGCUACAUCCGACUCUCCAUCAUCGAUCAAUAUAUCCGUAUAUUAAGGCACUACUGGUACUACUCCUCAGACAGCAGUGUCUGUUCGAUCAAUCGAAGACUACGAGAGAAUGAAGCAAAAGAUUGUGAUGAAAGUACCGAUGUACGUAACUGCCGGAAAUGCCAAACGAAGGUGCUCAAAAUUGUUGCCAAAGAAAAUGGUGUGAGCUUUAUGGCGUUAGGAUCGAGAGGAGAAGGACAGCGUCGUGGUGAUUGGGGAGGGAGUAGACGCCAUCAAGUUGGCUAAGAGCCUGAGGAUCGGAAGAAGUUCAAGAACACUCACAUUAAUUAUCACCGUUGCAGAGGUUUGAUCGAUAUUAAUUGGUGGAAUGGAUAAAGGUUUUGCUCAUCCAGCUGAUCGAGAAUGACUAAUUUAGGGUUGAUCGAGUUUCAUGACGAAGCUUUGCUCGAUUGAGUUAUUAAUGUUCAAGUUUUUGAGUCUUUAAUUUGAUGACAUGUAAUAAUAAUGUUGGUCUGGGGCUCUAUAAAUUUCCGCCAGUACGUUUGAAUGAAAGUUAUGACUGGUAUGGUUUUUGUUUGUCACGUCUGUUCUUUUGGUUUUGGAGUGUCAAGAGUCAAAAUGUAAAAAUGUCGUGUGAGGGGUUAGGUGUCGAUGGUUGAGUAAAAGGGCGCCACGUUCACGUUUUCUGUUCCAAGUGGCAUGUUAAUUGUAAAUUAAUGAUAUUGAAUAUAUGCUCCGAUCGGUUGAGUGAUCGAACCAAAUUAACAAAACGAAAGGAGUAGAUGAUCAUCUUUGAUUAAUCAGACGACGAUGGCAGAACCCACAACAGAGGAGAUGAUGAUCUUGUCACUGUCUCCGGUGAAGCUCCACAAACUACCCCACCUGACCGACUAUCUCUCACAACUCCCCACCCACACCAACCCACUCCAACACAACCCCUUCUACCACCCUUCCGACGGCUUCUACAUAACCCCAUCCGAUGUCAUCCUCCGCCAGAUUGUCUACGACCUCGCCGCCUCCGACGCCGCCUCCGCUCAUCCCGCCUCAGCUUACCAUCGCGCCGGCCCACGACGGCACAUCUUGUUUGAGCCGUCGAGCAUCCGUGCGGCUAUUGUGACAUGCGGUGGGCUGUGCCCGGGCAUGAACACGGUGGUGAGAGAGCUGGUUCUUGGCCUCUGGGACCUCUACGGAGUCCGUCAGAUUUUUGGUAUCAAGGCUGGCUAUCGUGGAUUUUACUCUAUGGAUCCCAUCCAGCUUAACCCAAAGCUCGUCAACCACUGGCACAAGAUUGGCGGCACUGUCCUCGAAACCUCCAGAGGUGGUUUUCAUCUUCAAAAGAUUGUCGAUGCCAUCCAACAUCGCGGCUAUAAUCAGUACUCCAUCAUGGCGCAGGUGUACAUUAUAGGUGGAGAUGGCUCAAUGCGGGGGGCAGUUGAGAUAUUUCAUGAGAUUUGUAGGCGAAAACUGAACAUUGCGGUUACUGGGAUUCCAAAAACAGUUGACAAUGAUGUUGGCAUCAUUGACAGAUCUUUCGGAUUCCAGACAGCAGUAGAAAUGGCCCAGCAGGCAAUCAGUGCAGCUCAUGUGGAGGCUGAAAGUGCAGUGAAUGGAAUAGGCUUGGUCAAGUUGAUGGGUCGAAGUACAGGCCACAUUGCUCUCUAUGCAACAUUGAGCAGCCGAGACGUGGACUGCUGCCUAAUCCCAGAAACUGAGUUUUACCUGGAAGGAAAAGGAGGGCUAUUUGAAUUCCUUGAGCAGCGACUGAGGGAGAAUGGACACGCAGUGUUAGUUGUGGCUGAAGGAGCGGGACAGGACAUAAUUCCAAGGAACGAGGCUCAGAAACAGGAGAGGGAUGAAUCUGGAAACCCAGUGUUCCUAGAUGUUGGCCAAUGGUUGAAGUCGGAGCUCAAGAAUUGGUGGAGCAGGGAUCACCCCAAUGAGCUCCUCACAGUCAAGUACAUAGAUCCUACAUACAUGAUACGGGCCGUCCCUGCAAAUGCUACGGAUAACUUGUACUGUACGCUUCUUGCCCAUUCAGCUAUUCAUGGAGUGAUGGCUGGUUACACUGGAUUCGUCCCUGGCCCUAUCAAUGGCAACUAUGCUUACAUUCCAGUUGAAGAGGUAGCAAAGGCUAAGAAUGAGGUCAACACGAGAGACCACCAAUGGGCGUGGGUAAGAUCUGUCACAAACCAGCCUGAUUUUAUGAGGACUAUUGACUGAUCCCAUCAAUUGGAUGCAUGGAGGAGUUCAAUUCGAUCUUUGCCCAUCUCUAGCCGAGUAAGCCAGCUACCCUUUUCACAUCACUGUCUUAAUCACUAGAUAAGACUAGUUGCGAGUGGUGACAACAAUUUUCAAGCAUGUCUUGUUAAGCAUUAUCUGCAAAUUAAAGACCCAUCAUAAUAGUUUUGGUGAUGAUCGAAUAAGCUUUGCAUGCUAUAUAGUUUUUAAAUACUCAGUGCGCAUAGGUGCACGGUCAAUUGUGUAUGAUUGAUCUUUCUGAAGAAUAAGGUGGCGUUUUCACAGUUUGUAACUUUGUAUAUAAUAAUAUAGAGAUCAGGUUUUAUUUCAUGGAAA